AUGUUAGCUCAUUCUGCGACUUCCCAUCCUAUCGGCGCCAUGAAUAAUUCGGGCUCAUCUGUGCCAGUCAGUUCUGCCGGAUUUGGACCAGGUGCCUUUGCUUUACCUCAGCCUGGUUCAAAUGGAUUAACAGUUUAUUCGGCAAAUAUUAUGACUGGUCAGCCUCCCGUUGGCCAUGGAGGGCCGUAUGCCCAACUUCAUAGUCAUCCGGCGACAUUUGGCCCCCUCGUUUGGAAUUCUGGGUCUAAUGUCCCUGCCCCUUCGCAGUCAUCAGUCGGUAAUACUCCAAGCUACCGGGUCUAUGACCCUCCAGACAGCACUAUGCGUUAG